UACAAUUAAAAGGAAAACAAGGUUGUUCGACUAUUUCAUUAGACUUAACUAUUUAUUUGGUCUUUCUUUAUAUUUCUAUAACUAUAUAAAUAUUUUACAGCAUUUAAAUGAACUCAUUUAUUAUUCUUUCAUAAUCUAUUAUAUAAUUACUGUAACAAUAGAUCUCCAUGAAUAUAUGACAAAUUAUUCAAACAUGUUUACACAUUAUGUAAUCAUUACCGCAUAUAAUUUUAUUAAUAGUAUACAUUUUUUUAAUGGUGUAGUUAUGUUUAAUAGGUAUAUAUAAUUUGUAUCUUAAAAAUUUAAGUACUUAUUUGGUCAUUUAGUUUGGUUUCUAUUUUUCGAUUCUAAAGAUAUAAGAUAUGCUCGAUUAUUUAUGAAAUCUAGGUUGAUUUUAGUUUUUUCAGUUUGGUAUGGUUCAGUACAUCCGGAUAAAUGUACUCAAACCUAUACAUGAUCUUAUAUAUAAAUUAUAUAAGAAAAAUUUAUUUAAUUUCAAAAAUAAAUCCGCGCUUAGAAAUCGCAGAUCAAAAUCUAGUUUAUUUUAAAACACAUUUGCUAUCUUCCCUGUGAAUACUAAAUUCGUUUCUACCGGAAUUAUUAUUUAAUGUGAUAUAACACUUACACCCAAAAAAGUCAUUUAUUUAAUGUGUUAAUAAACUAAUAUCGGCAGGUUUUGUUUUUAUUUGAUAUCUAGGCAACUACAUCCAUUGCAAGCCUAAACACAAGUUAUUGUUAGUCUUUUUUACAUAAAAAACCAGAAGUCAUUGUUAUGGGUCACAGAAAACGGCAAGGUGUGAGUUAAUAUUAACUAGAGAGGGCAAGGUUUCUAUAUGUAUAAGUUGCAAACGACACUAAGUUUUAAAGAGAGUGUGAACUACAACUGAAGCUUUUUGGUUCGGGUGGGCCAUUGUUGUGGAAUUUGUUGGACGUUUCAGACAAGUAAUCUUCGCAACUUUCGGUUUGUAUUAUUUUAUCAUAACCUACGUAAAAAUAGAUGUUAUGCCUUUAAUUCAACCUUUAGGCCUUUUUCCCUCUGCUAUAUAUGUAUAAUCCCCUACCAAACGGUCCAAACUUACAUCCCCAAUAUCAUACUCUGUUUUUAACUGUUCCUUGAGCUUAACGAAACACAAUAAUAAACUAGGGCUUUGUCCCGUGAAAAUUUUACUCUGUUUUUACGAGAAAGUGAUUGAAUCAAAUAAUACUAUACUUCUGGGGGGGGUCCCGGAUUUUUCACUCCAUAAAAUUCAGAGAAUCAUUUGAAACAAAUAAUCGAUAUAGACGAUGGCGAGAUCAUAUUUACCACCAGGUUUCAGAUUUCACCCAACAGAUGAAGAACUAGUGGGGUAUUACCUGCACAGGAGAAACGAAGGCCUUGAAAUUGAGCUCGAAAUAAUUCCAUUAAUGGAUUUAUACAAGUUUGAUCCUUGGGAACUUCCUGAGAAAUCCUUUUUGCCAAAUCGAGAUAUGGAAUGGUUUUUCUUCUGUCACCGAGACAGAAAAUACCAGAACGGUUCUCGAAUAAACAGAGCAACUAAAUCUGGUUACUGGAAAGCCACUGGAAAAGAUAGAAAAAUCGUUUGUCAGUCUUCGUCUUCCUCGUCGACUUCAUCAAUCAUUGGGUGUCGAAAAACCCUAGUUUUUUAUCUGGGUCGAGCCCCUUUUGGUGGUAGAACCGAGUGGGCAAUGCAUGAGUAUCGUCGCUUUGAUAACGAUACUUCACAAGGAUCACUGAAUUUCAAGGGAGACUUCGCGCUAUGUCGCGUGGUAAAGAGGAAUCAUGAGGUUACACUUAAGAAAUGUGAAACCAGUUCACUGGAGGUUCCAGUUCCAGAUGAGCCACUGACCAACAAUGUCGAUAUUCCUUGUGAAGCAAGAUACAUAGGAAAGGGUUCGUGUGACGCAAGUAAUACACUCCGGGCUUCUCCUGACUUCAUCCUUGGAUCAUCGACUAAGGGGCAUUCACAAUCGCAAACAGAAGACGAUUCUGGUUUCCAACAGUUUUCACUACCCGAAAUCGGAUACCCACCAGAGUUCUUUGCAGAUUUGAAUUUCGACUGGGGAAUGGAGAAUCCUUUUCCGUUCGUACAGUAUCAAGAAGCUCAUGUGAACAAUGAAGUCAUUAACUAUGAUGUUCUUCGGUAAAAAAAAAAAAAUCUAUAACUCACUCUACAUGGAUCAAGAUCUUACUAUAAUCCAUUUUAUUUGAAACUUAGAUUUGUUUGGGUGUGUACACAUGUAGUAUAGUUGCAUAGUAUAAAUAUGAAACUGCAAGAUUCUCUGCAUCAUCAGCUAGUAGUGGUUAUAAAAUUUAUAAUUACACUUUUCUAAGACCUUUUAGGUCUCAAAAUUAUGUUUAAUCAAUGUAUAAUAUAUCUACUAGCUACAUAAAUAAAUAAAAGAACUAUUGGAUACUUUUGUAAUUUGUUGAGAUUAGCUUUGUAAUUUAAUAGAAAGACUAACCAACCUUACUAUCAUCGCCGAAGAGAGAUUCCUUAGCAUCUUUCGAAUUAGCAUAUAUAUGAAAAAAAUUACAUUCUUGAUUUUGGCCAUCCUCAUAUCACCAAUUCCCGAGUUUGUAUCAAACAAUAUUUUAUUAACUAUGUGAUUUUCCGAUGCUCAUGCACGGACAUAAAUUUUUAUAAAGUUAAUUUAUAAUAGUUAAUUGAUAUUUAAUUUUAGUUUUGAAACAAUUUAUAUGUAUAAUUUAUUUUGAUAAUAUUAUAUUAUUUUAAUUAGAUAUAUAAUUUUAGAUAUAAUAUAUUAAUAAUAUUAUAUUAUGUCUCCAUUUUUUAUUUUAAAUAUAAAUUGGAUUAGUCGAUUCACUCAUGUUGUGAGUAUAUUGAGUUAUAUAUAUUCUUUCAAAUUCAAAUCAAACUUAAGUAUAAUUGUUUUGAUUCUAAUUAAAUCAAAUUAGUUUUAUUUCUCGCUUAAAUGUGCAUGUAUUUUCAUAAUAUUUAUCAAAAUUAUAUUUUGAUUUUUAAAAAAAUAUUAGAAAAUAAGAGAUGGUCAAUAGGAAAUUACAUACAUAAGUAUAUCUGAUAAAUUUUUUUAAGGUCAUGAAUGAAUAUUAAUAUUUACAAUAAUUAAAAUAUUUUAUAACCUCUAAAUAAUUGUAUGACUUAGAUUUAUUGAAAGGUAAACUUAAAAUUAUUUAAAAUAAUUUUAAAAUGAGAAUUCAGAUUUUCUUGGGUAUUUUGAUUAUGGGUAUAUUAAGUUCCACAAACAUAAAGAAAAUAUAAAAUUAAAAAGAAGCUAAGUAUUAAGAAAAAAAUAUUUUUAAUAAUGAUACAAUAUAAUAUAUAUACCUAAUUAAAAUUAUAUGCUAUUUAAAAAUAUUUUGUAAUUAUUUGAUCAAAAUAUACUUAUCAUAAAAAAUAUUUUUAGGUUCCAUGUUUAACAUCUCUUAAAAUCAUCACUUUUGCCCCAAAAAAAAACAUCACUAAAAUUGUGAUUGUUUUGUGAAAUCAUAUUAUAUAAAUAAACUAUAAUUUAUAAAUAUUUUUAAUGAAAUUGUAAGAUAUCAU